AUGCCGAAACUCCACAACGUUUUGCUCCUAUUGACGCUGGCUGGAUACGUAUCGGCGCAAGAGAAAUGUCUGGGCGACGAUUGGCUCUAUGAUUCGUCGAUGAACGCUUGCCUCCUCCCGGUUCUCCAGAAUCUCACCUGGAGUGCUGCCGUUGCAAAUUGCCAGCGCUAUAAUUCCACCCUGAUGCCGCUGCGGAACCAGCUGGCCAAUACCGUAGCCACCACAAUCGUCGUCUACGACGCGGAGCGCGAGGAUUGGUGGACGGGCGGGGCGAGGGCUGAUUCGAAUAGCCAAUUCCACUGGCUGGACGGCACGGCACUCACCUUCACCAAAUGGCUCCCCAUGUACCCGGAUAAGCAAGUUGGCUCGGAUUGCCUGGCCAUCCACAUGAUAAACGCCAUCUACGGAGGGUGGAAAAAUGAGGAUUGCAAACAAAAGAUGCCGUCGAUUUGUAUUAUUGAAAAUGCCGUUCCAUUACCUACAGAAGAUACAAAAGAUUGCCCGGCCGGAAAGUACACCGAUCCUAGUGGCUCUCUCAAUUCACCUGGCUGGCCCAGCAACUAUCCCGACAAUGCCGAUUGUUAUUACCAAGUUCAGGCACAGGGCAAUUACCGACUCAACCUGACGCUCGACUUUUUCCAAACGGAAAAGUGCUGUGAUUGGCUGUACAUUCACGAUGGGCCAAAUGUGCAGAGCCCCAAAUUGGCCAGUCUGCGAGGCGCUGUCGCGAAUGGGACGUCGUUCCUGUCGUCCGGCAAUUCGUUGACCCUCCGCUUCACCUCGGACGAAAGCAAUAAUGACAAGGGAUUCUAUGCACAUUAUUAUACCGUA